AUGCUCUCCAAGAGUGGUUCAAGGGAUGAUCUCCGCUGCAUCAGCUUUGUCUAUGUUCCAUCUGCCUUGUGGUGGGAUAUCCAUGGUGAGGCUCACAAAUACAUCACCAAACUUAAAGUCAGGGUUGGACAUCGCAAGAUGGACAACUCUAUAGAUGCGCUAUGCUCUCAAGCUGUGCACUCAGUCCUGGACUCAUGGAGUUCCACUUUCCAGGAUCCAACCUACCAGGGCUCUGAAUUCUUAGAGCUUCAACGGCCUGACGGGUGGCCGAUACAGCCAUUCUACCUUAAUGGAGGACCUUGGCUUUCAACAUUCAGACACAGUAUUACUGAGUUCGCUCGUGUCUGCUGGUGCAUAACUGGCCAUGCGCCCAUUGGAGCGUACUACCGUUGCUUCAAGAUCAAUGAGCCUCAUGGCUGCACUUGCAGGGCUGCUUUGCAGUCUCGCCAGCAUGUCCUCUUUCGCUGUCGUGAUCAAUACUCUGUACACUAUCCCUGUUUUCUCAGGGAUAUUGCAUCGUUUCUGAAGCACAACCCUACAGCAUUUGGCUUCAACUGGGACCCCUCAGCUGUUGGAUAA